CUGACCAUUUUGUUUCAGUGCAAUGUUCCGCUGGGAAACUUUUGGCUCCUGGCAUUCAUGUGGAUACCACUUGACACUGCUGUGAACCUAGUACACCCCCCUUGAUGCACCUUGAUGGCAAUGGCCCCCCAAGCAGAGCAAUGCGCCACGCCACACAGAAAAGCUGGUGAGGAGUGGCCUGAAGAACGUGACAGAGAGCUCAACGCAUCGACCUGGCCUCCAAAUGCCCCAGGUCCCAAUCUGAUUGAGUAUUCGUGGGACGUGCCUGUACCCCAGAGGUACCCCCAAUCCAAAGUGGGGCCUUUUUGGUUCGGACUUGGCUCUGAUAUGCCAAGGCAUGGACAUGGGACCUCUGGGGUGUGCUUUGGAGUCUGGCACUGGGGCGUUGGCAGUGGAUCCUUUGAGACCUGUCAGUUUUUAGGUGGGGUACUGACAUGUCCCAUGGAUGCUUGAUCAGAUUGGGAUCUGGGGAAUGUGGAGGCCACUUUGAUGCCUUGCACUUUAUGUCAUGUUCCAUGGGCAAUUUCUUAGCAUUGUUUGUGGUGAGGAAUGGUGCAUGUUCUGCUGAGGGAGGGGCCCUGCCAUCGAGGAGUGUUAUUGCCAUGAAGUGGGGUCCGCAGCGGUGUUUGGAUGAGUGAAGUGCUUCAAGUGGCAUCCAUGCCAGGACCAAAGGUUUCCCAGCAGAGCAUGGCAUUGUAACGAGAUGAUUCAGCAUGUCGGCCAAAGACACAGUGAGACGUAAUAAGACAACCAUCCAGACGACUCUGUGUGGAGACCACAGGCUUGUCCUCAACAAAGUUCAUGAGAACAACCUGAUAACUAGUCGUGAGUACAACAACCUUAAAAGCAUCAACAAAGAAGAUGUAGAGGGUCACGUCGUUGAGCUGGUUGAUAAGAUCAUGAACAAAGGAGAAGACAGCUGCCAAGCCUUCCUGAACCUUCUGCAAACUGAUGACGACAUUAAAACAACUUUCCCGGAGCUGAAGAACAUACAGCUGAACGACCCCUGCCUUUUACCUAAGCCUGUCCAGGCUGCUUCAGUUGACGACAACAGCGAUGUUCUGCCACGAGACAACAAGAGGCGAAAGGAGGAUGAGCAGUAUGAGUUGAACAGCCAGCCUACCGGCCUCUGUGUGAUCAUAAACAACGAGUUUUUCAUGGAUAACACAUCAAGAAGCGGAACUGACAAAGAUGCUCAAAGUUUGGCGGAGGUCUUCAGCUGGCUUGGCUUCAGAGUGCUGAUGUGUAAAGACCAAACCAAAGACCAGAUGGAUCGCGCACUGCAUUGCUUUGCUGCCCAGAGCGACCUCUCUCAGCUGCAGGAGUUCAGUGUUCAGGAGUGGUCUGGCAGCGGAUUCACUGAUCUCCAGGAGGCUCCUAAGCACGGCGAUGCCUUCAUCUGCUGUAUUCUCAGUCACGGACACAAGGGUGUCGUCUUUGGGAUUGAUUGGCAGCCCCUCGCCAUUAAACAAAUAACUAGAACUUUCAAGGCGACCGAUCAGUCACUCCUCACCGGGAAGCCCAAAGUGUUCCUGAUCCAGGCCUGCCAGGGAGGACUAAGGCAGCGAGGAGUGUUAUUAAAAGAUCUGCAGGCUGAUGAUGCUCCCUUACUGUCCAGCCCUGAAGAAGCUGAUGUUCUGGUCGCCAUUGCCACUGUUGAAGACCAUACGUCAAUUAGACACAAAACAUAUGGGAGUUGGUUUAUCCAGAGCGUAUGUCAGGAGCUGCGGGAAGGCUGUCCGAGGAGUGAAGACAUUACCACCAUCCUCCACCGAGUGAACGAUGAGGUAGCCCGUAAAGAGGGAAGCAGUCAACCUGGUAAAGUGAAGCAGAUACCUGAAGUGAGGUUCACCCUGAGGAAGACACUUGUGUUGUCUCCACAUCACAACUGAAGCGUCAAUCACUAAAAAUGAUGCAAACACACACGCUGUAUCUUUUAGUUAAGGAUGGAUGAUUAACUCAAGGGAAGGGUUUUCUUAAAAUAUGCUCUUUUGUCUUUUUUAUCAUUAUAAAAUUUUAUAUUUUUAAAUCAUCUCACUGAAUUAUUGUCUUUUGUAUUGUCACUGAUUUGUAACACAGAAUAAAUCUGUUUUUUGCUCCAAGUAUGAGGAUCACUGGAGGGUCUAGGUUUUUAUGAGGCAGCAUUAAGCAACACAUUCUCACUCCGACCUCGUCACAUAUCGACGUUUGGUCAUGGACUUUCCACAUCCGCAUACGAUGUGCAAGGUACCCUGGGUGCGUUGGCUGUUGAUGAUCUGGGACACCGUGUCAAGUUCUCUUCUUUCAAAAUACACUUUCAUUUUCACAGGAAAUUUAAUGUUUACAUACAGUAUCUUUCAAAAUAAACACACUAUGUCGGUACAACACCAUGAGUUGACGUUUUUUUCCUUCAACAACAACCACACAUGGUCAGGUUUAGGAAAAAAGAACAGGGUUUGGCUUUAUAAUCUUAUAGGACACCAACACCGCUCUCUCGGGUGAAGGUCGGUGUUUGUUGGACCCAUCCACCCCUCCCGUCUGCCCAGUCGGACCUUCGCCACCUUAACUUUCGUCCUUGUCCCGCCGCGUUUCCCCCUGACACCACCGUCCAACAAUGCCUUUUUUCGUUGGUUUCUGACGCUACAGGUCACUGCCCAAGCGUCGGAUUGUGAUAACUUCGGAGUGAGGCUCCAUUAAUAAAAGCUUUAUGGAUUUAUACUGUUUCACCAGAAGUUUUUACAAACAGAAGCCCUAAAUGCAGAAUAUUAGUGACAUUUGCAUAGCCAACAAACUUUUGUGUAUUUAUUUAUUUCACCCAUUUUCAACCAGGUAAAUCCUGAAGGCCAUUGGAAGACCAAUAGUUGAUUCUUUGACCGCUUUAGUUCUUUAUUCUUGAUAAUAAGUGUAUUCUUCCAUCCUUUUGUAUCUUUUUAUGAUGAUUGAAUAAAGAAAGUUUAGAACGUU